CCACCCUUCCGUCCACCAUUUCCGUCUUUCUUCCACCACUUUCUCCAGAAAAAAGCAACUCUGAAAUAGCUUCGGGAAGAGAUCUAGAGAGAGAGAGAGAAAGAGAGAGAGAGAGAGGCUUGGUGCAUGGAUAGGGGAGUCAGUUAAUUUCAUUAGCAAGUACUCCUUCCUUCCUCGCCAUAGUUUUUCCUCCACCACCCUUCCGUCCACCAUUUCCGUCUUUCUUCCACCACUUUCUCCAAAAAAAGCAACUCUGAAAUAGCUUCGGGAAGAGAUCGAGAGAGAGAGAGAGAGAGAGAGAGAGAGAGAGAGGUUUGGUGCAUGGAUAGGGGAGCCAGUUAAUUUCAUUAGCAAGUGAGGCUCUAAGAAUUAAGACAAAAAUAUUUCACGAUCGUCGGCGUCGUCGGGGGAGUUUGGUUCGGCACACAAUAGAUCCAGUACUUCUGAACGAACAAAGAUUUCAGAAAAAACCUGAAUAAAACAAACAUAAACGCUAUUGUCUACACUCGCUCGUAUAGUUGGUGUGAUCGACUUUAAACGUAUUGUAAAGCCCCCUCGGACAAUAAGCUUAUCUUUAGGGUGACGACAGUAGAUCGCUCGCGUAAUGGCGUCGGCUUUGGCGGGAGACGAUCUCGCCCGGUCAACGAGCAGCCGGAGGAGCUGGAAGUCGGCCAGCUUCCGGGAGGUGUGGGCCCCGCCGCCGGACGUGUUCAACCGGAGCGGGCGGCAGGAGAGCGACGAGGAGGAGCUUCGAUGGGCCGCCAUUGAGCGGCUACCGACCUACGAUCGGCUAAGGAAGGGGAUGCUCAGGCAGGUCCUUGACAAUGGGAGAGUUGUGCGGAAUGAGGUGGACGUCGCCCAUCUUGGGAUCCAGGACAAGAAGCAGUUAAUGGAGAGCAUACUCAAGGUUGCGGAGGACGACAACGAGAAGUUCCUUAGGAGACUCAGGGACAGGAUCGACAGGGUGGGGAUUGAGAUUCCUAGAAUUGAAGUUCGGUAUGAGCAUUUAUCGGUGGAGGGGGAUGUGUAUGUUGGAAGCCGAGCGCUUCCCACUCUUCUUAAUGUCACCUUGAACACAAUUGAGAGUAUCCUCGGGUUAGUUCACCUUGCUCCAGCUAAGAAAAGAAAAAUGCAGAUACUUCAGGAUGUUAAUGGAAUCGUCAAACCAUCAAGGAUGACUCUACUUCUGGGUCCUCCAGGCGCAGGGAAAACAACAUUGUUGCUUGCACUUGCUGGGAAACUUGACAAGGAUCUAAGAGAAUCUGGGAGAGUCACCUACUGUGGUCAUGAAUUGAAUGAAUUUAUUCCUCAAAGGACUUGUGCGUAUAUCAGUCAGCACGAUCUUCACCAUGGAGAAAUGACGGUGAGAGAGACACUGGAUUUCUCUGGACGUUGUCUAGGGGUUGGCACAAGAUAUGAAAUGUUGGUAGAACUCUCAAGAAGAGAGAAAGAAGCGGGAAUUAAGCCAGAUCCCGAGAUUGAUGCAUUCAUGAAGGCCACAGCUAUGUCAGGCCAAAAAACUAGUUUGGUAACGGAUUAUAUUCUUAAGAUACUUGGAUUGGAUAUCUGUGCCGAUAUUAUGGUUGGAGAUGAGAUGAGGAGAGGUAUCUCAGGUGGGCAGAAGAAGCGUGUGACAACUGGGGAGAUGUUGGUUGGACCAGCAAAGGCUCUUUUUAUGGAUGAAAUAUCAACGGGGUUAGACAGUUCUACCAUUUUCCAGAUAUGCAAGUUCAUGAGGCAAAUGGUUCACAUUAUGGAAGUGACCAUGGUCAUUUCUCUUCUACAGCCAGCACCAGAGACAUUUGAUCUUUUUGAUGAUAUCAUCCUUCUUUCAGAAGGUCAGGCAGUCUACCAAGGUCCAAAAGAAAAUGUCCUUGAAUUCUUUGAGUACAUGGGAUUCAAAUGCCCAGAAAGGAAAGGGGUCGCUGACUUCUUGCAAGAAGUUACGUCCAAGAAGGAUCAAGAACGAUAUUGGUUCAAGAAGAACCAACCUUACAGAUACAUCUCAGUUCCUGAUUUUGCGCAGGCCUUUGGCUCUUUCCACAUUGGCCAACAGCUUGCAGCUGAUCUUAGUGUUCCUUAUGAAAGAUCUAGAACCCACCCAGCUGCAUUGGUCACAGAGAAAUAUGGUAUUUCAAACUGGGAACUAUUCAAGGCUUGCUUUUCAAGGGAGUGGCUGCUAAUGAAGCGUAAUUCUUUUGUGUACAUAUUCAAGACUACCCAGAUAACAAUCAUGUCCAUAAUUGCCUUUACAGUGUUCCUUAGGACAGAAAUGCCAGUGGGAACUGUAACAAAUGGAGGAAAGUUUUUUGGAGCUCUGUUCUUCAGUCUGAUUAACGUGAUGUUCAAUGGGAUGGCAGAGCUGGCAAUGACUGUUUUCAGGCUUCCUGUCUUCUAUAAACAGAGGGAUUUCUUGUUCUAUCCAGCAUGGGCUUUUGGCUUACCCAUUUGGGUCCUCAGGAUCCCUCUAUCGUUCAUGGAAUCAGCAAUAUGGAUCGUUCUUACAUACUAUACGAUUGGAUUUGCUCCGUCUGCUAGCAGGUUCUUCCGCCAGUUCUUGGCAUUCUUUGGCAUACAUCAAAUGGCAUUGUCCCUCUUUCGGUUCAUUGCUGCACUCGGGAGAACACAAGUUGUUGCAAAUACACUGGGCACCUUCACCUUGCUAAUGGUUUUUGUGCUUGGAGGGUUCAUUGUUGCCAAAAAUGACAUUGAGCCAUGGAUGAUAUGGGGCUAUUAUAUUUCUCCUAUGAUGUAUGGACAGAAUGCCAUAGUUAUGAAUGAGUUUCUUGAUGAAAGAUGGAGUGCGCCCAAUUUAGACCCCCAUAUCAAUGCAACUACCGUUGGAAAAGUCCUGCUCAAGUCCAGAGGCUUCUUUACUGAGGAGUAUUGGUUUUGGAUUUGUAUUGGAGCACUUUUUGGAUUUUCUCUUCUCUUCAACGUGUUAUUUAUUGCAGCAUUGACUUUCCUAAAUCCUUUGGGUGAUUCAAAAGCUGUCGUCGUGGAUGAAGAUAAUAGCAGGAAGAAAAACAACACAUCUGCUAGACAGCAUAGAACAGAAGGUAACGGAAACGUUACAGGUAUUGAUAUGGCUGUGAGAGGCUCUUCAGAAAUUGUCGGUGCUUCAGAUGAUGCCCAAAGAAGAGGAAUGAUUUUACCCUUCCAACCCCUUUCACUUGCAUUUAACCAUGUCAAUUACUACGUGGAUAUGCCUGCUGAAAUGAAGACUCAAGGGGUUGAAGAAGAUCGUCUUCAAUUGUUACGGGAUGUUAGUGGUGCUUUCAGACCAGGGAUAUUGACGGCACUUGUGGGUGUCAGUGGUGCUGGGAAGACAACCCUUAUGGAUGUGUUAGCAGGAAGAAAGACCGGUGGCUACAUUGAAGGAACCAUUACCAUAUCCGGUUAUCCUAAAAACCAAUCAACAUUUGCCCGGGUCAGUGGUUACUGUGAACAGAACGACAUUCAUUCACCGCAUGUUACUGUCUACGAAUCUCUCCUAUAUUCAGCUUGGCUGCGUCUCUCUUCUGACGUAAAGACACAAACAAGAAAGAUGUUUGUGGAAGAAGUUAUGGAGUUGGUUGAGCUUAAACCACUAAGAGAUGCUCUAGUCGGCCUUCCUGGAGUAGAUGGCCUUUCAACAGAACAAAGGAAGAGGCUAACAAUAGCUGUUGAGCUGGUUGCUAAUCCUUCUAUCAUCUUCAUGGAUGAACCCACAUCUGGUCUGGAUGCCAGAGCUGCUGCUAUUGUUAUGCGUACAGUGAGAAAUACAGUUGAUACUGGGAGAACUGUUGUAUGCACAAUCCACCAGCCUAGCAUAGACAUUUUUGAAGCUUUUGAUGAGCUAUUGCUAAUGAAAAGAGGAGGACAAGUAAUUUAUGCUGGACCUCUGGGUCGCCAUUCUCACCAGCUAGUAGAAUAUUUUGAGGCUGUCCCCAGGGUCACUAAGAUCAAGGAUGGUUAUAAUCCUGCUACAUGGAUGCUUGAAGUCAGUGCUCCUGCAGUCGAGGCUCAACUUGAUGUGGAUUUUGCUGAAGUUUAUGCCAACUCCUCGCUUUACCAGAGGAAUCAGGAACUCAUCAAAGAGCUAAGUACUCCAACACCAGGCUCUAAGGACCUCUACUUCCCAACCGAAUACUCCCAACCUUUCCCUGUUCAGUGCAAAGCUUGUUUCUGGAAACAACAUUGGUCUUAUUGGAGAAAUCCUCAGUACAAUGCCAUCCGGUUCUUCAUGACAAUAGUCAUUGGUGCAUUAUUUGGUCUCAUCUUCUGGAACAAAGGAGGCAAGAUGUCCAAACAACAAGAUCUGAUGAAUCUUUUGGGAGCCAUGUAUGCUGCUGUGCUUUUCCUUGGAGCCACCAAUGCUUCUUCAGUGCAGUCAGUUGUUGCCAUUGAAAGAACUGUUUUCUACCGUGAAAGAGCAGCUGGAAUGUAUUCUCCAUUGCCUUACGCAUUUGCUCAGGUGUCCAUUGAGGCAAUUUAUGUUGCAGUUCAAACUCUUGCUUACACUCUUCUUCUUUACUCCAUGAUCGGAUUUGAGUGGAAGGCAGACAAAUUCUUGUGGUUCUACUACUACAUAUUCAUGUGCUUUGUCUACUUCACACUCUAUGGAAUGAUGAUUGUUGCACUGACACCGGGACAUCAAAUUGCUGCGAUUUGUAUGUCAUUCUUCCUCAGUUUCUGGAACUUGUUCUCUGGUUUUCUCAUUCCCAGGACGCAAAUCCCUAUUUGGUGGAGGUGGUACUACUGGGCUUCUCCAGUGGCAUGGACACUAUAUGGCCUUGUGACCUCUCAAGUGGGUGACAAAGACUCCGUCCUUGAGGUACCUGGAGUUGGUGAGGUACCGUUGAAGCUAUUCCUUAAAGAAAGCUUGGGUUUUGAUUAUGACUUCCUUCCAGCCGUUGCCGUGGCUCAUCUUGGCUGGGUUCUCCUCUUCUUCUUUGUAUUUGCCUACGGCAUCAAGUUCCUCAACUUCCAAAGAAGAUAACCCAGCUUCAGUUAACUCAUGCUCUGGUCUCGGAAUUGCUUAAAUAGGACAGAAUUAUUUUUCUUUCUCAUCUCGUGUAUUUUCAUUCUUUCCGUCGUGGUUGUCCAUAAAAUUAGAGCAGAUAUUGUCCUGCAGUACAAUCCAGGCAACCAAAAUGUUUGUAAAUGAUCAUUAUUUUCGCACCCAAAAACUUCAGCAUUCAUUGCUUGACCUAAGUUAUACCUUUUUCUCUUUG